CAUUAUCUAAUCUUCUUUCAUCUUUCUUCUAUUGUUCGAUACACCUAAAAUUCAAAAGAAGUUGCUUUCCUCUCUCUCCACUACUAGUCCUACAGAGUACAGUCCUCGUUUCUUUCUUCUCUCUUCUAUAAUUGAUCCAGAGUACCCGAAGCAAAUAUACCAAGUCCUUGCGCAAGAUAACCUGAAGUUGAGUAAGAGCAACAUGGCAGGAAAGAUCUUUGUUGUUACAGGUUCUGGGCAGGGACAUCUCCACCCUUGCAUGGAGCUUUGCAAGCAUCUUGCCUCUCGAAGUUUCCAUACCACCCUCGUCAUUCCCUUCUCUCUCUCUUCUUCAAUCCCCUCCUCCUUCUCUCAACACCCACUCACCGGUAUUGCGCAGAUAGCCGGGUCUUCGGGCCCUCCCAUGCCCGGAUCAGACUCUCUCCGCAAGCAGGCCGCCCAAGACCUCGAGUCCCAUCUCUCAAAUCUUCCCGAUUUGCGACCUCCUAUCUGUGCCAUCAUCGACUUUCAGAUGGGUUGGACCAAACGGGUGUUUUGGAAAUUCAACAUCCCGGUGAUCGGCUUCUUCACUUUCGGUGCGUGUGCCGCUGCCAUGGAGUGGGGCACUUGGAAGGUCCAUGCCGGUGAUAUCAAACCCGGAGAAAUCCGUUUAAUCCCCGGAUUACCUGAAGAGAUGGGCAUAACGUCGUCCGAUCUCAAACGAAGAGCCGGAGGUCCUCCGCGUGGUGGCCCACCUGGUGGAGGUGGACCACCUGGUUCUGGUCCGAACAGGCCCCCCGGUGGAGGAGGCCCACCUAAGCCUGGAGACCGACCACCAUGGGUCCCAGAAGUAGAGGGCUCAAUCGCGUUGAUGUUCAAUACGUGUGACGAUCUUGAGCGUCCGUUCAUCGACUACCUGACGAAUCAGAUGGGUAUGCCGGCAUGGGGCGUCGGCCCACUCCUGCCCGAACAGUACUGGAAGUCGUCGGACGCGUUGAUCCGCGACGGCGAGAUCAGAAGAAACACUCGCCGAUCGAACUACACCGAGGAGGAGGUCAUCCAAUGGCUAGACAAGAAGCCACGUGGAUCCGUUCUGUACGUAGCUUUCGGUAGCGAGGUGGGGCCAACGAUGGAGGAAUACCCACAACUAUCAGCCGCAUUAGAGCAGUCGACCCGAAAUUUCAUCUGGGUCAUACCGACCGGGUCGGGUGGGUCUUCCGAGGAAGGAUACUUCCCGGAGGGACUGGAGAGCAGAGUUGGCGACAGGGGUUUGAUAAUACGCGGAUGGGCACCACAGCUGCUGAUACUGAGUCACCGGUCGACCGGAGGAUUCUUAUCGCACUGUGGGUGGAACUCGACAGCGGAGGCGAUAGGGCGUGGGGUCCCAUUCUUGGGGUGGCCCAUCAGGGGAGACCAAUACUAUAACGCCAAGCUGGUGGAGGGACAUCUCAAGGUGGGGUAUAGGGUGGCAAAAGAUGCGUCGAAAACGGUCGAAAAGGACGAGAUUUUGAAUGGCAUCGAGAGGCUAAUGGGGGACGAAGAGAUGCAUCAACGAGCGGCGAGGCUUCGAGCCAAGUUUGAGAAUGGGUUUCCGGCGAGCUCGGAGGCUGCUUUGGAUGCAUUCCGGGAUUUUAUUAACCAAAACCCAGGAAAGGCACCAGACCAUAGCGAGUGAUAAAGAGGAGAUUGUAAAUUUGCAACAAAGUUCAAGCUUUUUUC